AUGACCGAUCCCGCCACUGAGUACCACCCAUGGGUCUCCGAGAUUCAACUCGAAGUUCCCCAACUAGGCCCCAAGCUUGAGCCAUGCGCCCACAAAACGAGCAACAACCAGAAAGGCAACAUCUCCACCAAUGUUGCCCGGCUAUCGGCUGCAGUCGCACACAAAUGCUGCACCGGCAUGCCCCAGAUUGUGUUCUACCACCGCGGCGCAGGCACCGAGGAGUCCAAGGUCGCACAAGCCUUGGGCGGAGUGUUAGGGAAGGGGAUUAUUCAGGAUGUUGCCGACGUGUACCGUUUCAUUUGCGACAACUACAACCCAGGGGAUGACCUCGUCAUUGUAGGCUUCUCCAGAGGUGCCUUCACCGCGCGAUCCGUCUCGGGCAUGGUCUGCAACAUCGGUCUCCUCAAUCGUGUCGGACUCGCCAACUUUGGGGACAUCUUCCAUGACUACCAGAACUUUCCUAAUUGGAGGCCUGGCACCAAGUUCAAUAUCGAAGACCACCUCGCUGGCUUUACCCUCACCAAUUACGAACGACUGGAAAGAUUCCGGACAAAAGAUAACAGGAAAGAUCAUGCCACAUUACAGAAGGAACUCGACGAGGACAAGCAGAAGUUCUUCGACAGAAUUACAAAGUGCAAGAAGCAGGACGUCGAUGGCAUGGACUUGAUUACCAUGGCUCAGAAGUAUCGCGAUUUCUUGGAGAAGCAUCAAAUGAUCCUUUGCGAGAGAACGUUGCAAGAGAGAGAUGGCAAGACAGACUGGUACUUUGCACCAGUUGUUGUCACCAUUCAGGCUGUCGGGGUCUGGGAUACGGUCGGCAGCCUCGGCUGGCCUAAGAUGCCUUGGGAGAAGAUUCGCACCGAUAGAAGCGCCGAUGAACUUCGAUUCGCCAGUCUGGAUGUUCACCCCAAUGUCGAGCACGCAUUCCACGCCUUAGCCCUCGAUGAAUGGCGGACUGCCUUUUCCCCCACUCUUUGGGGCAAGAGGGGCAACACCACCACCCAUCUUCGUCAAGUAUGGUUUCCAGGAAGCCACAGUAACGUCGGCGGGGGUUUUGAGGAUCAACAGAUCGCGACCAUUGCGCUUGCAUGGAUGGCGGAUCAACUCGCCUCAGUUGGAGUUGAGUUUUCCACCCCAGAGAUGAAGCGAAUUUUCUACACCCUCGAUCCAUCUGUCGAGGCCCGAGAAUGGGGCAAGGGCCGCAUCUCUAGCCCUUCGGCGACUACCGCAAUCCCCGACAAAGCUUACAACGCUCUUUGGUACCCUUGGCAGACCGUCACGGGUGGGAAUACUGUGGCUGGCACGCGCACGCCUGGGUCCUACAUGGAGGAUGGCAGAAAAGACGUUAUUCAAGAACCCAACGAACUCAUCCACCCAUCUGUACGCAUUCGCUAUCUCUACGAUGGUCUUGGAUUGGACGACAAUGGCGACUGGGAAUGUUCUGCUUUGACCAAGAAUGGGUACAAAUUGCAGAAGAGCAGCGUCCCUCUCCAAGUCGAAGAUCCUCACCACAAGGACUUCAUUGCGUCGACGUACGAGACGCUCAGUGGGACUGUCGCAUCAGUUCACGGAGGAAUGCCGAUCGACCCCAAUACCGAUCAUAAACUGGUCCUCCACCAGCUUCCUUUUGAGUCUGAUCUCUACCAAUUGGAGGAAGCGAAGAAUAACUGGGUAUGGGAGAAGGAAGGCAAGAUUCUCCCAGAAGAGCGCAUUGGAAUGUGGGAGAGGCUCUUCAUUGAAGUCAACCACAACCUUCUCUACAGACAAAAAGAGACACAGAGACUAAAGGAAGAGCGGGAGGCAGCUGAGCUCAAGAGCAAUGGCUGGUUUUCUGGCAUCCAGUCUUGGGCUGGGGAUAAGGUCAACACUGCACGCAGCGCUGCUGGUAGUGCUCUCACCAACACCGUGGGCAGGCUGCUCCCUAGCUCUGGGAAGCUGAAGCCUGCGGAUUAUCACCCGGACUUUGGGUAUCACGACUUUGUUUCUUGGCAGAAAGGGGACGCAACAAAGACUACCAGGAAGAUUAGAACCUAG